AUGGAUGCAGGUGAAGACGGCCGCGAGAGUAUCUCUGGCCGCCCUUCUCCGGAUGGUUUGCCAGUCAGCGUGCGCUCCUGCCUGCAGCGGAAUCAUGCCGAAUUGGAACAGGUUCUGUGUGACUGGGUGGCGAAGUUUGCGGCAACACAGGAUCCAUGGCACCAGACGGAGGUUGCGGUGCCAGAAGAGCGUGGCAUCGCGCUGGCAGAGCCGUUCUUCGGGCCUAGGACUGGACGCAGCUUCGGACGCCCACCGAGGUGCACCCAAGAUGACGAGAUGCCAGAAGAUCCGGAGAAGGAGUCUCUGCCGGACGAGGAUUCACGCUGGCUCGGUGCAGACUUCUUCACAGCUUACGCCAAGGCUGAAGAUGAAGUUUGUUCGACGGACGGUUCCGAAAACAGCCUGGACCAGAUGCGAAAGACGGUUGCAGCCGCGAAGUUGUCCAAGAACGGCUCACGCGAGAGUGAGCACAGCUACUCGCGAAGCAUCUGGAAGCAGACGAACGAGUCCACCUGGAGUUACCUGCAAGCUGUCAGCCGCGUGAUCUUGCGCCAUCGGGUUUUCGACGCCUUGUGUGGAUCGAUCAUCAUCCUGAACGCUGCCUUCAUCGGUGCCCAGGUGGAGUAUGAAGCCGUGAACCCUGGAGAACCAGAGCUGGGCUGGUGGCUGGCAGGGCAAGCCUUCUUUUGCUUUGCUUACGUCGCCGAGCUCACUUUGCGAGUCCUUGGACAAGGCAAGAACUUCUUCGGCGUUGUCGAUUGGAGGUGGAACGUUUUUGACAUUUUUGUGACGUUGACCUCCGUGGUGGAUCUGUUGUUUUCGUUUCUCCUAUCGGGCAGCGAGACUGGUGCCCUUGCUGCCGCGCGAAUGCUGCGGAUGAUCCGAGUGGCGAAGAUAAUUCGAGUUGUUCGCUAUCUUCGCUACAUGCGGAACAUGAUCUUCACCUUGUUGCACACGCUCUCCUCUUUGGCAUGGAGUCUGGCACUGAUGGCUAUGAUCAUGUAUCUCUUUGCUGUUGCGAUUACCGAAGCGACGACUGCGUAUAGGGUGCAUCAUGGUCAGGAGUCGGAGUCUGUCAGGAAGCUUCAGAGGUUCUGGGGCCACAUCUCCAGUUCCAUGUACACGUUGCUGCUGUCCAUCACCAGCGGGAUCAGCUGGGUGGAGCCUGCCUCUGCGCUUAGCCAGCUGCACUUUGUGUAUGCUCCGCUCUUUGUCCUAUAUAUUUGUUUCAUGUAUUUCGCUAUGAUGAAUGUUGUUACAGGUUUUUUCUGCGAGCACGCCUUCGAGAUGGCCCGUUCCGAGAAAGAUUCGUUGAUCCAGGAGCAGCUUCGGAGGAAGAAUCAGUAUUUGGAGCACUUCAGGCAGAUCUUCGAAGAAGGUGACUGUGAUGAAAGCGGAGAAAUCUCCUACACAAAUGCAGCUUAUUGCAAGGAGUUCGAGAACUUCAUGCAAGAUGAGCAGGCAUAUUUGUCGCAUCUCAAUGUGGAUCCGGACAAUGCAUGGCAGAUCUUCCGCCUCAUCGACUCCAACAAGGACGGCUCCGUCACCCUGGAGGAGUUCACAACAGGGCUCUUGACAAUGAAGGGCCCGGCCAAGGCAAUCGACGUCAAGGGCAUUGUUUACGAUGUCAAGAAGGAAGCCCAGAAAACGAAGCGUCGGAUGAAGCCUCCGAGCAGCAAACAGCAGCAUUGCCGCUUCUUGUUGUUUUGGUUAAUGGAGACAUGGACGGUUGAUUCGCAGCCGACAGCCGACAGGUACAUGAACGGCUUUCCGAUCGGUGUUCAGAAGGAUGGCAAGUACUACCUCUACAACCACUUAAAGUUGGAUCUCAAGUACCAUUCGAGUGACACCUAUGAGGGUCACCGGAUUGUCGGCUUCGAGAUUGAGCCAAGGAGCGUCGUCCAGGCGACACAAGCGGAUCCCACCAAGCCUGGAGGCCUGAAGGCCGUUUGUCAGGAGGGAGCCGAUGCCCAGCUCAUGGAGCUCGACAUGUUCAAUGAAGUCAUCUUCUCAUACGACGUAGCUUGGGAUUACAGCGAAGUUCGAUGGGUGUCCAGAUGGGACAACUACUUGAAGAUGACUGGGGGCCAGAUUCACUGGUUCUCGAUCCUGAACUCCCUCAUGAUCAUGCUCUUCCUUUCGGGCAUGGUCGCCAUGAUUUUGCUUCGAACUCUUUAUCGUGACAUCACCAAGUACAACGAGUUAGCGACUGCUGAAGAAGCAGCAGAGGAGACUGGCUGGAAACUAGUCCACGGCGACGUCUUCCGCAAGCCGCGCUUCGGCCGCUGGGCCGGAAUGUUGCUGGAGUGCUUUGGCUCGCUCUGCAAUGCGAAAGCGGAAGUACGUGGGAUGAUCUUCAGUAAAGCUGCAAUGUUGACUGCUCGCGUGCACGGGCACCUGAAGAUGCCGGCCUGUGGUGACAGAAUCAGCCAAGUUCCGGCCGAGCAUCCACAUCAAGCACAGAUGCAUGGCAUGCUCAGCUCUGUGACUGUCAUCGGCAUCAAUGGCAGCACGCUGUUGGAGACAGUGGCGGUGUCAUCAGUACAGGAUCUGAACCGCCAGGUUCAGGCAAAGCUCAAAUCCAGGAGCUGCUGCAUCUUGACGGCUGAUGGCGAGUUGGUGACAGAGCUCGAGCAAAUUUCUGGAGAGCCGUUGACCGCCGUGGCCAAGAACGUCCACCCGUUGUUGCAGAUGGCAGGACUUGAAGACGAAAAUGGGAAUCUGGCCGGUGAUGUUUGUUCGAUGAAGGAUCUCGAGGAUGUGGCUCUUCAGGUGGCCGUGCGCUUGGCGGAGACGGCCUGCUGGUUCAUGGGACCAGGCCAUCUUUGUGGCUACCCCACAGUUGCCUGGGACUGGGACGAUGUUCUUGCUGCGCCGCGAGCACAUUUCUCUGCCACACGGAUUGGGCGCGACGGUGCGAGACAACACAUGAGGGUGGAUUUCGGGAGUCUGAUUGUGCCCCCCGGGGUGCGAGUCAUCGUCAGCGUCCGAGAAGGUUCUCCAUCAUCUGAAGCUGCUCGGGACUUCGUGACGCUCCACAGCCUUGCAGUCCAAGACAUCGUGGACAUCCGACGUGCACACCAGCGUGCGUGCGAUGCUCAUCGGGAAGAGCUCCUGGCAAGGCGAUCCCAGGCAGACACAGUCGAUGCCCUCAUCAUGCUACGUGAAUACACUGCCGAGUUGGUCCAUUUCGAAGUCUUCCACGACGUGUACAAUAACGAAGCGGAAGGCUACUGGUAG